AUGGUUGCCUUCACCUCCGUCUUCGCUGGGCUUACGCUCGUAGCUGGUUCUCUCGCCGCCCCCACCGAAGAAGGCAUGUUCUCCAAGAUUUCCAAGCGAGCUGGUACUCCCAACAGCUCUGGAAUGCAUGAUGGAUUUUACUACUCUUGGUGGUCUGACGGCGGUGCCGAUGCCACUUACACCAACGGUGCUGGCGGAUCUUACUCCAUGGAGUGGAAGGACGGUGGUAACGUAGUCGGUGGCAAGGGCUUCAACCCCGGUAAAGCACGAACCAUCAGCUUUUCCGGAGAGUACACCCCCAACGGUAACAGCUACCUCUCCAUCUACGGCUGGACCAAGAGCCCUCUCGUCGAGUACUACAUCGUCGAGACAUUCGGCACCUACGACCCCUCCAGCGGCGCUCAGAGCAAGGGAACCGUUGAUAUUGACGGCAGCACCUACGAGAUCUUCGAGACCACCCGCACCAACGCCCCCUCUAUCGACGGCACCCAGACCUUCCAGCAGUACUGGUCCGUCCGCAAGGAGCACCGCUCCCAGGGCAGCGUCGAUGUCGGCGCCCACUUCGACGCCUGGGAGAAGGCCGGCAUGAAGCUCGGUACUCACGACUACCAGAUUGUCGCUACCGAGGGUUACUUCAGCAGCGGCUCUUCUUCCAUCACUGUCUCUGAGGGUGCUUCUACUGGCGGUGAUGCCGGUAACGCUACUCAGCCUGAUGCCGGCAACGGUCAGGCUCAACCCGACGCUGGUAACGAUCAGCAGCAGCCUGCUACUGGAAGCGAUGGACAGCAGCAGGGUGGCAACAGCAACCCUUUCGGAGGUAACCAGCCCCAGCAGCAGCAAGCCGAGGGUGACGCUAACGAGCCUUGCCAAUAA